ACAGGGUAAUCCAUUUCCUGAGUUUCGCCUGCACAUACCACUUGCUCUUUAAGACCCUGUGGAUUCCAGCUUCUGACUACAGAGAGGGCUGUGAACAUCCAGAUCACAUUACUCAGUCUGGAUUCCCCUGUAAUACUACAUUGUAUUUUGAAGAUGGUGGCAACUGUGAGAGGAGUAAUGUUUGCUAGGGAUCUACUGAGGACGACUAUGUGAUCUGUACAAGAUCUGAUGCAUCCAAAUCAGAUCCUACAAGGAGCUCAGACUCUCUGUAUCCCAGUGCAUGGCCUGGAAGGAGCUCCUUUGAGUGUCACCGCCAACCUGGCAGUAAGCAGACCCUGCAGCCCCCCUGCUUAAAAUUUCCUUCUCCUGGCUGAGUCUUCCUCCUGUUCUUUCAUUCCUCUCUCCCUCGUCUUGUGGCAUAAGUUUUAGCCUGCCUUCUUCCCUAUUUGCUAAAACUUUUGUGAGUUUAUCCUUAAUUUCUAAACUUUUUCUGGGACGCUUAUUUUCUCCUGGCUUCUCCAGCUGUUGCCAUCAUGCUGCUGGUCCUUUUGGACAUAUUGGUCCUAUUGGUGUCCCUGAGCCAUUCCCAGUAUGAGCAGUACAGUUUUCGAGGCUUUCCUCGUUCUGAGAUCAAACCUCUAAAGCCCACCUAUGCCAAAGCCAUGGAGCUGUAUGAGGCGCAGUCCUGGAGGGAGGCUAGCCGUAUGCUAGAGGCUAGCCUGAGACUUCACCGGCUGCUCCAAGACAGCGAAGCCUUCUGUGGUCAGAGUUGUAUUGAAGAGUCCCAAAUUCCUGGCCUGGAGGAACUACAGAAGGAAGAGAAACAUGGAGACUGGAAGCUGGAGAUGCAGUUAUUUGGUCAGGUCCUGUCCCGGGCAGUGUGUUUGAGAAAGUGUAAGGCCACCCUGCCGAUGUUUCAGCAGCCAUACCCUGACAAGGAGACCUUGAAAGCCUUUCAGAGACGGGACCCUUACCAAUACCUGCACUAUACCUAUUUCAAGAUUAAUGAACUGGAAAAAGCAGUAUCUGCCGCCCACACCUUCUUACAGAAGAAUCCCACUCAUGAAAUGACGCUGAGGUACAUGAAUUACUACAAAAGCCUACUGGAGGUUGAAGAGUUUCUCAUAGAUCUGGAGGCUCAACCAUAUGAGGGAGUGUUUGUCAAAGCAGUAAAGUCCUACAAUGCUGGAGACUUCCGGCGCAGUAUUGAGGACAUGGAGCAGGCCUUGCCCUUGUACUACAAGGCAUACAACAAUUGUCUGACCGGCUGUGAGGGUGUCUACGAGAUGAGGGAGUUUAAAGACUUCUACCCGGCUGUUGCAGAUCAUCUUGCUGAUGUCCUAGAGUGUAAGGUGGACUGUGAGACUAACCUGACCCCUAAUGUUGGGGGCUACUUUGUUCAUAAGUUUGUGGCAACCAUGUAUCACUACCUACAAUUUGCAUACUAUAAGCUUAAUGAUGUUAAGAACGCGGUUCAGUGUGUGUCCAGCUAUAUGCUCUUUGACCCUACUGAUACUGUGAUGCAGCAAAAUUUGGCAUACUACAAGUUUUACAAGGAGAAGUGGAACCUUGAAGACAUGGAUUUCAACCCUAGAGAGGAAGCCCUGAGGUACCAUAACCAGACGACCCGGCAUAAGGACCUGUUACAGUAUGCCCAGGAUUUCCUUCACAGAGAUGAUGAUGAGAUUGAAAUUGGAACAUUGCAAGACAUAGAGCCACCUCCAUCUGAUGCAGAAUUCGAAGGGGAUGGUGAUUAUGAAGAAGGAAUAUAUGCCGAAUGGUGGACACAACCCAAGUCUAAAGGGGAGGUGGCAGACAAAUCAGAGUGAAUGUAGAUGAAGAUCAACACUGAGUCAUGAGAUGGCUCGUAGAUGGUUAGAAAAACGUGGCUGCUCUCUUCCAGAAAGCACCACUUUCAUCCAUAGGCCAUGUCUGGUAUUGUAGUUCAACUGUAUUGACUAGAAUGGGUCUGAACUGCAGUACCUGGCACAGCCUAUGGGCAACAGAGGCACUAUUUCUAGAAGAGAGCAGCCAUGUAUCUCAUACACAGUUCAUUGAUGGACCCCAUGAAUGCAAUUUUGGACGUUUGCCAGAUUGUAAGAAGAUUCCAUACCUGUCAUUGUUGUAUGAGUCAGACUAAUCUGAAGACAACAUUAUAUUCAUCAUACCCAGGCCCUGGGGGCUCAUGCCGGCAUUUUGGCAUAAUGCAAGAUAUGGACACACCCAACAGUAUUGUGUAAAAAUAAAAGGAGAAAAUGUGUUAAAUUGAUAUGGAAAAAAACAUGAAGCAACUGGAAUGCGA